GGCGGCGGCGGCGGCGGCGGCGGCGGCGGCGGCGGCGGCGGCGGCGGCGGCGGCGUGCUGUUGGAGGAGUCUGGCGGAACUCGAGGCGGUGGCGCCAUGGAGUCACUGGAAGAAAAUGGAAGUGUCCAAGUUGGAGAAUUGUUACCUUGCAGGAUUUGUGGAAGAACAUUCUUUCCAGUGGCAUUAAAAAAACAUGGACCUAUUUGCCAGAAAACUGCCACUAAAAAACGGAAGACGUUUGAUUCAAGCAGGCAAAGAGCUGAAGGAACUGAUAUUCCAACAGUAAAACCUCUUAAACCUAGGCCCGAACCACCAAAGAAGCCAUCUAAUUGGAGGAGGAAGCAUGAAGAGUUCAUAGCCACCAUAAGAGCAGCUAAAGGCCUUGGUCAGGCCCUUAAAGAGGGUGGCAAACUUCCUCCCCCUCCUCCACCUUCUUAUGAUCCUGAUUAUAUUCAGUGUCCAUAUUGCCAGAGGAGAUUUAAUGAAAAUGCAGCUGAUAGACAUAUAAAUUUCUGUAAAGAACAGGCAGCACGUAUCAGUAAUAAAGGCAAAUUUUCUACCGAUACCAAAGGAAAAUCGAUUUCUCGGUCACAGUAUAAGCCUCCUGCACUUAAAAAGUCCAGUUCUCCUGGAGCCACCUCAUCAGGAUCUUCACGAUUACCACAGCCAAGUGGCACUAGCAAAACUGUUGUAGGUGUUCCUUCAGGUAAAGUGUCUUCAGUUAGCAGCUCUUUGGGAAGCAAACUUCAGACCUUGUCUCCCUCCCAUAAAGGGAUAGCAGUCCCUCAUGUAGGUAAGAUGGACAAGUUAGGCCCUCCACUUCGAACUGGAAGAAAUGUGCAAAGGUUGCAUGACAGUGAUACAAAAUCAGACAGUGCCAUCAAAAGACAUGAGUUAUUACCCAUUUACAAAGCUAACAUCAAACCUCGAAAUUCCACACCACCUAGUUUGGCUAGAAAUCCUGCCUCAGGUAUGCUUACAAGCAAAAGAAAAACAUAUACUGAGAGCUACAUGGCCAGGCCAGAUGGAGACUAUGUCUCCUCACUUAAUGGUGGAAACAUUAAAGGCAUUGAAGGAAACUCAGUGGGACACUUACCAAAAUUCUGCCAUGAGUGUGGGACUAAAUACCCUGUAGAAUGGGCAAAGUUCUGCUGCGAAUGUGGCGUUCGAAGAAUGGUUCUGUGAACAGAAUCCAAACAGAAAAAGAGCUAAGUCCAGAAUUUUAUGACUGUUGCUGCUUGGACAUCUAGAGCACUUCCUCUAGUGAUCUUGUGCUAAAAUCAUUCAUAAUACUUUUUUCAACAGUUUUUGGAGCAUAAUCCUUUGGCUGUGUAAUGUGUGUGUGUAUAUAUGUGUGUGUACAUAUACUGUAUAUAAUAAAUACCUGACAACCUAAACUGUGCCAUACAAGGAGAUGUUCACUUAUCAGUCAGAAAAUAAUUUCAAGUGGAAUCAUUAACUUAGGUAUUACUUUUCUGUUGUUGUUAAAGCACAUUAAGCAUACCUCCACCAACUCUCAAACACUAGUGCUUAGCCCUUUAAGCUUGAGGAUGAUCAUUACUUUGAGCAGAAAAUCAGAAUAAACAUUUUUAUUAUUGGUACCUAUUUUCAGAUAGUAUCAUUUAGGAUGGGAUGCUUGGAAUUUUGGAACUGAAGAGAAUAUUUUUAGUUACACUUAGUUAUGUGAGGUCAUUUUUCUGUAGAGCUCUUUAAUUAUUAAUUUUAUAAAUAUUUUUUAGAAGGAGAGGGGAAAAAACCCCCUAUGGUCUCUGUUGCCCUUUACUCGGUGUAUUAUUGAUUAUAUAAUUUAGAGAUCUUUGCUCAAUUCUUUAAAAUGCAAUUAUGCAAUUUUUUUUUUUGGAGAUACAAGGCUGAAAAUACAGAUGUAUCUCAUUCUAGUUAUAGCUGAAUGAUUUUUUAACUGUGUAUUAGUUGAACAUAUAUUCUUUCUAAUUUCACUUUUUUCCUUUCUUUUCCAUAAACUCAUGUCUGAACAGUAAUUUUAAUUUGCUACUUCAUUUUUGCAAAGUUUGCAUAUUAAUUAUUUAAUAGAAGAUGCAAAAAACUCCUUGCAAAAUCUUGCAUUUAUAUCUAUGUACUUGAUUUAGAAGAAAUCAUAUUAAUGGAUUUUAAAACAAACCAUCUCACCUAAUAGACAGUAACUUCCAUAAUUAAUCAUUAGUGCAGGGCAUGCAGGUUUAAAAGGAUUUGAAUUUUAGUCACUUGAAGUAUAGUUAUAUGUAGUUAUGGGUAGGUUAAGAGAACAUCUAAUUUUUCCUACUCAUACUUCCUUUCUAGUGUUAAACACUGGAUCACCAUUCACAUCAGAAUAAAAAGCCACUGAAAAUGCAUUGCUUUAAUGGAUAGCUGAUUUAUUAUGUAAUUAAACAUUCACAAAAAUGUAAUUAUACUUCCUCUUUAACUUUGAUUAAAAUACCGCUUUUAGUCAUUGUCACUUUCAGUGUAACAUAGUAUUUAGUAGUAGACACCUUUGAUUGCUUGUGCAGCCAUAUUCAGUAAUUCAGUAGUAGUUUCUGUCGAAUCAAACCUAACAGAGCCUUGAUCUUAUUAUAAAGGUACAAGCAGAUCUAUAUAGGUAGUUUCUAACUUCUUAUUUAUGAUUCUGAUCAAUUGUAAGGAUCA